UUUAAUGUCAAGUGUCAAUUUCUUUUCCGUCUCUUUUACUCCCGCUCAGUCUUCAAGAUGAGUACGAAAAUAAUCAAGCCGGGCGGCGUUGAGGCCGAUAACUUUGAGACAUCGAUCUCACAGGCGUUGGUCGAAUUGGAGACCAACUCCGACUUGAAAGCUCAACUGAGGGAGUUAUACAUUACUAAGGCUAAAGAAAUUGAACUACACAAUAAGAAAUCAAUCAUCAUCUACGUGCCGAUGCCAAAGCUGAAGCAGUUCCAAAAGAUCCAGAUUCGUUUGGUGCGUGAACUCGAGAAGAAGUUUAGCGGCAAGCAUGUCGUCUUCAUCGGUGACAGGAAGAUCCUGCCCAAGCCCAGCCACAAGACGCGUGUAGCUAACAAACAAAAGAGGCCGAGAUCUAGAACGCUAACAUCAGUGUACGAUGCUAUCCUCGAAGACCUGGUGUUCCCCGCGGAGAUUGUGGGCAAGCGCAUCAGGAUCAAGUUGGACGGCUCUCAGCUCAUCAAAGUGCACUUGGACAAGAACCAGCAGACCACUAUUGAACACAAAGUGGACACUUUCCAGUCAGUAUACAAGAAGCUAACGGGACGCGAAGUCACAUUUGAAUUCCCCGAACCCUACUUGUAAUCUUUUACAAUAAAUUUUAAAA